AUGCUUCGAGGUAUUUGCGGCCGCCACGCCGUAAAUCGGAUUGCGAAACGGUACAAUUCCAUCUUGGGGAUUGACUUGGGCACCACCAACCUGGCAGUGGCAGUAAAUGUCGCUGGCCAGCCCCGUAUCCUCGAUAAUGAAGAUGGCGCGGCUACCACCCCCUCCGUGGUGGCGUAUACGGACUCAGACGUACUUGUGGGCGCUGCUGCUAAACGCCAGACCCUUAUCAACCCUCGCAAUACCUUUUUCGCCACCAAACGGCUCAUCGGGCGUAAGUUUUCUGACGCCGAAGUGCAACGCGAUAUUGGCCAUGUCCCUUACAAGAUCACGUCGGACGCUGCUGGUGAUGCUGUGUUAGAAACCGAUAAUGGUCGUGAAUUGACUCCACAAGCCAUUGGCGCCGAUAUUCUUGUGAAGAUGAAGACAAUUGCCGCUAACCAUGGCUACACUACAUCACGAGCAGUGGUGACGGUCCCCGCUUAUUUCAAUGACUCUCAACGACUGGCAACUCGGGAACUGGGUAAAGAAGCCGGAUUAGAAGUGGUUCGAGUGGUUAAUGAACCGACAGCGGCGGCAUUAGCCUAUGGGCUCCGUCAAGAGAAUGAUGGCAUUGUCGCAGUGUUUGACCUUGGUGGGGGUACAUUUGACAUUUCUAUCCUUGAUAUUGAGCUGGGGAUCUUUGAAGUACGUGCUACCCAUGGUGAUACACACUUGGGGGGUGAGGACUUCGAUAUUCGCAUCACUAACCUUAUCAUCGAUCAAAUCAGGCUGGAGCUGGGCGUUGACGUUUCCGGUGACCGCUUGGCGGUGACUCGUAUCAGAGAGGCGGCAGAGAAGUGUAAGAUGGCGUUAGACUCGCUGGCUGAGUAUACGGUGGAGUUGCCAUUUAUCACCGAUAAGACCCACUUCAAGGCCACCAUAACCCAAAAACAACUACACGAAUUAUGCCAACCGUUGGUGGACAAAACUACUGACCCUGUGAAGAGAUGUUUACGCGACGCUGGCCUUAAACCUAAGGAUAUCGACAAGGUAUUGCUUGUCGGAGGGAUGACGAAGAUGCCCCUCGUGCGCGACCAUGUGGCUAAGCUCUUCCAGUGUACGCCUCUGAGCGCGGUGAACCCUGACGAGGCCGUGGCGUUGGGUGCUGCCGUCCAAGGGGCGAUCCUUGCUGGUGAAUUGAAGGACGUGGUGUUGCUUGAUGUGACUCCGUUAACGCUUGGUAUCGAGACCUACGGGGGUAUUUUCUCUCCCUUGAUUCCCAGAAACACUGCCGUGCCUUGUUCGGUAAACCUGAUGUUCUCUACUGCCGUCGACGGCCAGACCGGGGUCGAAAUCAACGUGUACCAAGGCGAGCGCCAAUUGGCCAAAGAUAACAAGCGCAUCGGCAAGUUUACCCUUGGCGGCAUUCCGCUGGCGCCGAAAGGGGUGCCGCAGAUCUCCGUCGAGUUCAAAAUCGACCCCGACGGGAUCAUCAACGUCAGUGCCACCGAUAAGACCCCUACCCCCGAUGGCACUCCCGCGGCUACCGAUAAACUGGCACUGAUCCAGGUGCUGGUGGACAACUCGCUCACCCCGGAAGAAGUGGAAAAGCUUGUGCUGGAGUCACAGGCCCACGCCACCGAGGACACCCAGUGGCGCCAGUUGUACGAACACUGCUCACGAGCCGACAUUUUGCUCCAAGAGACUAAGGACUUCGUUGCUCGCUUCGGCCAUCUUAUGGACCCGGAACAACGCCAGGCGAUUGAAGGCCACAUGGCGCUGAUCCAGGCUAAACUUGACGAUGUUCGUGUUCAUGGCAAAAUGAUGUCGGCGCAAGUGAUCAACGACGAGCUCAACCUCAUGCAACGGAUAUGUCUCACUGAGGUUCAGAAGAUUGCUCUGGACCAGCAGAAGUCCCUGCAAGUGAAAGGCGAUGAGUAG